UAUUCGUGACCAUCAUCCAGCUAAUUUAAGUAACUGACUCCCGAAGUUCGCGAUAAAGAGUGAAAGAUAACGAGUUGGGAUUGCACGACGUUGGAAAGCCCCAAUAGAGAUCUCAAUAUUCAGACUGUAAUAAGUCCCUGCCCGAGUCUACCGAGUUCGACUGGCCUCGAUUUCAAAAGUAAAACUGUUGCCACCAAAAUAUGAGAAAACUGUUGGCUCGAACAACGUCUUCUUAACGAAUCGACCGGGCUACCAGAGGUCCCCAAAGACUCCCGCACGGAUUCGAGCAGAUCCGGCCGAUUCCCUCGCAAUCUAAGGCCCAUCUCGGGUCCCCGAAAGAUUUCGCGAUAGCCGCCGGUGGAUCGGGACACUUGUUCCCUGGCUCGAACAUGAACUAGCCACGCAGGAAGUCGCCGGGUCGUCAGCGAGCAACGACGAGAGCCGACUGUUCCGUGUCUGUUCUACGUGAAAACCGUCGAGAGUUUGAUCGUCGCUGGACGCGGCGGGCAAGAUGAAGAGAUAAUCGAAGCGGAAGGCGAACGAACGGCUACGGGAACGUCGGUAGAGAGCUCUCGUGGUCCAAGCAGGAGGGCAGAAGGGUCGGCAAAAUAGAGUACCCCGGCGGCAGCGGUAUGUACGGGGGCGGCGCGGGCGGCGGGGGGUACGGGGUCGGUUUGGGCCCGGGAGCGGGCCCCUCGCAUUACAUACCCUCCGCUUCCUCGGUGGGCUACCAAUUGGCCCCGCCGCCCCCGCCACCACCUCCGGCCUGCCCCACCGCCGGAAGUCAGCUUCUGUCUUACGGGCCCAACCUAUCGCCCCAUCAUAUGCAGCAGACGCACACGGACGCGCAACAGUCCAAGAGACGGAGAUCCGACGAAGAUGAUCCCAGCGGGUGUAAAUAUAGAAGGCUGGAGGACGAGAAUGUACAGGACAAAGAAAGAUUUGCGAGCAGGGAGAAUCAUUGCGAGAUCGAGCGGCGGCGGAGGAACAAGAUGACCGCCUACAUCACCGAAUUGUCGGACAUGGUCCCGACGUGUUCAGCACUGGCGCGGAAACCAGACAAAUUGACCAUACUUAGGAUGGCGGUCGCCCAUAUGAAGGCCCUCAGAGGUACCGGAAAUACGGCCACGGACAGUGCGUACAAACCUUCGUUCCUCACCGACCAAGAGCUGAAGCACCUGAUCCUGGAGGCAGCCGACGGGUUCCUGUUCGUCGUGAGCUGCGACACCGGGAGGAUCAUCUACGUCUCCGACUCCGUCGCCCCGGUACUAAAUUACACGCAAAGCGAUUGGUACGGCACCAGCCUCUACUCGCAGGUUCAUCCCGAUGACACCGAGAAGGUGAGGGAACAAUUGAGCGCCGAGGAACCGCAACAUGGAGGCAGGGUGCUGGAUCUUAAGACGGGGACAGUGAAAAAAGAAGGCCAAUCGUCGAUGAGGAUGUGCAUGGGUUCGAGGAGAGGGUUCAUCUGCCGCAUGAAGGUCGGAAAUCUCCAAACGACGGGUGACAUGGCCGCCGCGCACGGCCUCCACCGUAUGAAACAGAGGAAUUCCUUGGGUCCCCCGGCCAGGGACGGUCAAAAUUACGCGGUGGUUCAUUGUACAGGGUACAUCAAGAACUGGGCCCCCGCCGGUGAUUUUGUUCCCCCAUGUGUACCAGGUGUGGGUCUAGGUGACAGGAGUAAUGUUCAAACUAGACCCGAUGGUGUAGUUGCAGAUGAAAAUGCCGGCAAUAAUUGCUGCUUGGUCGCCAUUGGACGACUACAGGUCACUAGCACACCAAAUAGUAGUGAUUUAGCAGGUUCCAAUAGCAAUAAUGAAUUUAUUUCGCGUCAUUCCGCGGAAGGUAAAUUUACCUUCGUGGACCAAAGAGUCGGGGGGAUUCUAGGAUAUACGCCCUCGGAACUCUUAGGUCAUCCGUGCUACGAAUUCUUUCACCCGGAGGAUUUAACGCACAUGCGAGAAAGUUUCGAGCAAGUGCUGACGCUGAAAGGACAAGUGGUGUCCGUGAUGUACAGAUUUCGAGCCAAAAAUCGCGACUGGGUAUGGUUAAGGACGUCUGCAUUUGCAUUUUUAAACCCAUUCAACGACGAAGUUGAAUACAUCGUCUGCACAAACACGCAUGCAAAAUCGUUCCAUCCUGGCAGCGAUGGCCAAACAGAAACUGAAGCCGUACCUGCUUAUGGCCAACCUGGCUUGGACUAUUCCCUUCAGAGACAUCCUGCCAGGGAUCCUCUGUAUUCGGGGCAUCAUAUGAUGCAGCAUCCAGCAACUGUAGCCACAGCUGGACCCCAACAGCCUAGGCCGUCCAGUACACAAAACGUUUAUCAGGGAUACGAAACAACGCAGUCGCCCAUAGCGUACGGUUCGCCUGGCCAGCAGAGUGCGUCUUCUUCGGUUUUAAGUAGAAUUCAAAAGCCAGCCAACACGUCUCCAACUCCAGUCCAACAAGCGUGGACCAUUGGAAGACAGCAACCAGUGACAGAAGGGUAUCAGUACAGUCAAUUAAGUCCAUCGAGGUCGCCAAGUGGGCCAACUUAUACUCAACUAAGUAGCGGCGCUAGGACACCGGCUACUCAGUACCAUGCAGUCACAACAGUGCCUAAUAAUCCUGGUAUGUGGGGGUGGCAAGGUCAGCAACACCAAACGCCUCAGCAAGAUGGCGGACAAUCAAAUCCUCAGGUGACCGGACAAGCGCAACCACCUCAUCCUGCUCAAGGUGGGCCUGGCACGCAACCCCAGGAACUCUCGGACAUGUUACAGAUGUUGCAGGAUCAGGGUGGAGCAUCUGGUUUCGAGGAGUUAAAUAUGUUUAAUACUAAUUUCGAGUAGCGAUAAAGAAAUAGCAUCGCCGACGAACGUCUACCGUAUGGAUGCUUUACGGUACAAAUCAUUGGUACAGCCUCGGGAUUAUCCCGAGCAUCAUAAUCAGCACUUUUACUUCGGCAUUCAAUUGAUACUAAAGUUCGCAAUUUAGCACCUCACGUGUAAACUUUAUCCGAAUUGACGUUGAGGUUAGGACGACCUAACUUCAUAGACCUAAGACCCGGGAGAUCCACUGUGUUUCCUUCCGACGAGUUGAGGGUUUUUACACGCGGACAAUGCAACUUUCGCUGCAUGUCCGUGUAAAAAGAAUCGUUAACUUUUGGGAACGAAACUCUCCGGGGAAUCCCGGGCGUAACUUCCUUUGCGAGAAGUUUCAUUCUAAUCGCUUUAAGUCAGUGUUUUCCAAACCAGAGGCGUGUUGUAAACCAGAAAACGACGAGAAAAGAUACAUUUUAAUGUAGAAGAACGAGGAUAAACAUCUCUUUCUAUAUUAAUAUAUUUAUCAUCAAAGUUCAACAACCGUAGGAAUAUUAUUUUUUUUUCUUUUCUUGUAUCGUUUUAAAUAUUCCACAUAUCUCGCGUAAUAAAUGCCCUCGUUUCAGUUGAAGAAACUUCUCAAUCGAAUCUACAGAAAAUCACGGUAAUUUUAAUACCAGCUUAUCGUUAGAUUCCUAAGAUUAGCUUAAUUAUUUUAAUUUAGAUCCUUGUAAUUAUAAACAGUGCAAUCAUAAACAUCAACACUAAACGGAAAGGAAAAAAAAAAAGAAUUGUUUGAAACUCGACGAUGUACAAAAAUUAUGUAAUCCACUUUGCUUCUCUGUGCAAGACACCAUUUUUAGAUAUUCCUAAAGAAAAUAUAGAUAAUGUUACACAUACGAAUAAUUGCAUUUAUAAGUAACCACGUGUGAUUUAGCGCAUUUGUACAUGUUUAGCAAAUUCUUAUAAGCAAGAUCGAACAAACAAAAAAUUGCAGCAUAUCAUGACGAA